UUCCUUCUGGUUGCAAGUGCUGGCUUUCGCUCCUCCCUUUUGAAAUCCUAUAUGAGCCGCGGCCAAAGGAGGCGAAGCAGCAGCAGAGGAAGAGCAGCUCAUUGUUGGCGAAGGAGAGAAGGCUCUCCCGGAGGAGCUGAGUGCGGCGCUGCAACCACCAUCAUCCCAGAGCAAGGCUUUCUCCUUCUGGCCCCAAGAGUUGUGCUCUAUGCUGGGAGAGCGGCUGGGCUGACGGGUUGGGUCCCUUCUUUGGAGAGAAAGGAGAACAGAGAGGCGUCAGGCUGGCAAUGGCAGACCACAUGAUGGCCAUGAAUCACGGGCGCUUCCCCGACGGAACCAAUGGGAUGCAUCACCACCCAGCGCAUCGAAUGGGAAUGGGUCAGUUUCCGACCCACCACCACCAGCAGCAGCAGCAACACGCCUUCAGUGCCUUGAUGAACGACCACAUACACUACGGCGGUGGGAAUAUGAGUGCAAACGCUGGGAUCAGGCACGCCAUGGGGCCUGGGAAUGUGAAUGGCGGGCACCCACCGGGCACCCUGCCGCCCACGGCGAGGUUUAGCAAUUCUCAGUUCAUGGCGCCUACGGUUGCUCCUCAAGGUGGGCCCUUGACAGCCAGCAUGCAGUUGCAAAAGCUCAACAACCAGUACUUCAGCCACCACCCCUACCCUCACAACCACUACAUGCCGGACUUGCACCCUGCUAGCCACCAGCUCAAUGGAGCGACCCAGCAUUUUAGGGACUGCAACCCGAAGCACGGCACCGGCAGCAGUACUGGCGGCAGCACUGUGCCUGCCUCGGUGCCCCACGUCCCUGCAGCAAUGCUGCCGCCCAAUGUCAUAGACACUGACUUCAUAGACGAGGAAGUCCUUAUGUCCUUAGUUGUCGAAAUGGGCUUGGAUCGUAUCAAGGAGCUGCCUGAGCUCUGGUUGGGACAGAAUGAGUUUGAUUUCAUGACAGACUUCGUGUGCAAACAGCAAUCCAGCAGAGUGAGCUGCUGACUUCUCGCAAAAAACAGAACAGAUACACAAAGAAGGACUUUUUUAAUCUGUAUGAAUGAAAACAUUCCCUCUCUAGACACAGUAUUCCAAAGGCUUUUAAGGAGCUUGACUAUCUGGGAAGCAGAGUAAACUAUAAGCUUUUAUAAUUUUCCCCUCUUUUUAAUUUGCUGCCAUGUUUUAAUUUUUAUUUUAAGCCUGAGACACCCAUUUUUGCCCUCCCUUCCUUGGAAAUAAUUUAAACUGAUUGACUCCUUAGCAUUUUCUCUGCUUGUCUUUCUCUUUGCUGCCCGCCCUCUUUAUGUGGUUAAUUUUCUUCACUGGUAACUUACCAAUGAUUUCAGUUAUUAGAUAUAUUGGCAAAAAUGCUUAAAUCUUGUGGAUUUUCUGUAGGCUAUCAUUUCAGGGGAUUAGAACUGCAGUCAAAUUCUGAGUUAAAGGAGAAAAAUACUACAUUAGUUGCUUGCAUGAACUUCAGGGUAGAUUCCUGCACAAAUACUGCCCUCUUGCUUUGUUUUUAACUAUGCAUUGCCGUGAAGCUAUUUUUUUCUUUUUCUUUUUAGUCUGCUAACCUGAAAGCUUAACAAAUGUGGCCAAACCCUUCCUGAUUAAGAAAAAUAAUAGAUACUUAAACUCUGCUGUCUGUUCCCAGACCCUCCCCCUCCCUUGCAUUUGUACAGACAAUAAUAUAGUGUGGAUCGAAUGGUCUCUAGUUGUUGGGAAAAUACUUCACUGGUUCUUGUUUUCUUUUGAUUCUGAUCCGCUCUUCAGCAUAUUUUUAUUUUGGCAUUGUGCUUACAUUUUUUUUAGUAUAUUGGGGGAGAAAUUACUGUGUUGAGAGCUUUUUAGAAAAUCUUGACAGUAUUUUUGUACAAAAUCAUUUUUGAACAUACUUGUUAAUUUAUUUUUAUUUUAAUUUGCCAACAUCAAUGAAGUUAAGAAAUCUUUAUUUUCUUCCCUAGAUAUUAAUUAUCUGGUAUUUUUUUCCCCUGUUCUCCUCCAACCGCCUGCCCACACUCACAAUAUUUUAAUACAUCUGACCCAUUUAACUUGUUGAACUGUUGGGUUGUGUGAAACAUUCUGAAGGAAAAUAUACUUGACACCAUUGUAUGCUAUAUGUCACAAUCAGUGCAGAAGGUAAAAAGGAUUUAAGCCUAAUUAUGACAUCAAUCUCAUAAGUAACAUUGUAACAUGCCUGUGUGAUUUUAUCAAAAAGUGGAAAAAUGCCAAGAGGCAACAACUUUGUGAUUUGCCAACUUACUUGCUUUUAAAUGUAGUUGUCCAGAAUUAUGAUGCAUAAAGUAUUUAUUCUAUUUAUCUAUUAAACUUUAAUUUUAUAAAUACUCUCA